CAGAUUGUAGAACGAAUGCUCGUAUCUGGUGUAUUAGUGCAAGAAAACAUUGAUAUUAAGCCUUACAGGGUUGAUCACGAAUCGUAUCUCGCUCACUAUCCAAGUGAUCAUUAUAAACAACGCUAUUAUGAUGUUCCACGUUAUUCUCAUCCGCAACCGCUGCAGAUACCUUAUGUUGAGAACAAAUUGUCUGGGAAAGCUGUGCCUAAAGUUCACUUUAAAUACGUCGACCCUGUCCCCAUUGAAGACAGAAGAUAUCCAGUACUUGCCGAACAAAAUAAUUUUAAUAUUUUUUUCAUUCCGUCAUUGUGCUGUCGAUGAUAGUCAUUAGUGCAUGUGUCGAGCAGCAGUGACUUGUUUUUUGAAGUUGCCAAAUUUAUCAUAGGAUGAUAUAAUACUCAUCAAUUCAAUAUAAGUUGAUAAAACCUAUUGAAAUAGAUAAAUAAGACCCACCCACUUGAUUGCGUGUGUUGCGAGUGUGGAAACGAUCAAUUAAUGAAUUCCUUGGCCUCAUCGAGUGUGGAUAUCAUUCCCGAAGCUUGUACAUGCAGUGUGUGUAAAUAUGAAAUUGAUUUGAGGAAACCGAGCACAUAUCAGUCGGACGUGACUAUAUUUCCGAGACCGUCUUGUUCAUGCCACCCUGAUGAUUGCGCAUGUUGUUAUUGCCUGCCGUGCAAAGGCAAAAACGAAGAUCUGCCAAUGUCCGAUCGUAAUGAACAUCCGAUUACCUGUAACUGUUGUAAAUGUGGCGCUCAAGAUGUGGAAUAUGCUUCAUCAUCAAUUUCAACAAAAUCAAAUGAGCUGCAUGACUAUCCGGAUGGGAUUGACCAUUUGCAAAAAAUUGCCUUGAUCUUGGAGCGGGUUGACAGCGAAAUGCAGGAGCACAUACUCAGGUGGAUCAACAUGAGUGAAGAUACUCUUAAUUCAGAUCUAGCGGCAUUAGAUGUUAAGAGGGGCAAAAUACACGAAGAACAAGAAGCAUCGGUAUGUGAUGUUCAAAGUCUGGUAUCAAAAUCAAUGCCGACAUCAACCUUUGAAACAAUGUGUUUUGGAAACGAUGAAGAUUCGUGUUGCAAUGACUGAAAAUUGUACAAUGACUAAAUUCUCGGGACUACACGGAUUGACAUUCGCCGAAUGAAUCUGCUCGGACUAGCAGAUC